UGUUUAAGGCGCGCUGUAAAUGUGGCGGAGUUGCCCGCAGCUGGCGCUCAGCCUCUUCCUUAGUUCCUUUCUCUCAAACUGAUUGGUCUUCUUAGAUGCUAGCCCGCAACCUCAAGAGAGGGAAGAUUAUAACUGUCAGAGCUGUUUAACUUAUGGUUAGCUGAUGAGUUCUGCUGACACUUUCUUAAAUACCUUCUUGCACCAAGGUCUUCAUUGAAAAGAGUUAAGAAAAAGCGGGUAGGAGAGGCAGCAUUCACACUUGCUAUGGCCGUCCCCAUAACAGUGCUUGACUGUGACCUCUUGCUGUACGGCCGGGGUCACCGGACUUUGGACCGUUUUAAGCUGGAUGAUGUGACCGAUGAAGACUUGAUGUCCAUGUAUGGGUUUCCUCGACAGUUCAUUUAUUACCUGGUGGAGCUCUUGGGGCCGAGUCUUUCUCGACCUACCCAGCGGUCCAGGGCCAUCAGCCCGGAGACACAGAUUCUUGCAGCCCUAGGCUUUUAUACCUCAGGCUCCUUCCAGACCCGAAUGGGAGACGCUAUUGGAAUCAGCCAGGCCUCUAUGAGUCGGUGUGUUGCCAAUGUCACCGAAGCACUGAUGGAAAGAGCUUCCCAAUUCAUUCGCUUUCCCGCUGAUGAAGCCUCUGUGCAGGCUCUGAAAGAUGAAUUCUACGGGCUGGCAGGGAUGCCAGGGGUGAUUGGCGUGGUUGACUGUAUCCACGUGGCAAUCAAGGCACCAAAUGCUGAAGACCUCUCCUACGUGAACCGCAAAGGUCUGCAUUCUCUAAACUGCCUGUUGGUGUGUGAUAUCAGAGGGGCGUUAAUGACCGUGGAGACAAGCUGGCCUGGCAGCCUACAGGACUGUGCUGUGCUGCGACAGUCCUCCCUCAGUAGUCAGUUUGAAGCUGGGAUGCAUAAGGAUAGUUGGCUUCUUGGUGACAGUUCCUUUUUUCUCCGCACCUGGCUCUUGACCCCACUUCCUGCCCCGAAAACUCCCGCGGAAGAUCGCUAUAACCUGGCUCACUCUGCGACCCACAGCGUGAUGGAGAAGACUCUGCACACGCUGUGCUCCCGCUUCCGCUGUCUGGACGGCUCCAAGGGAGCGCUGCAGUACUCGCCAGAGAAGUCCAGCCACAUUGUCGUGGCCUGCUGCGUCCUGCACAACAUCUCCCUGGAGCACGGCAUGGACAUCUGGUCCUUGCCUAUGGCAGGGCCCGUGCAGCAGCCCCUGGAGGAGGAGUAUGAGCCCAUGGAGUCUCUGGACCUAGAAGCUGACCGCAGCCGCCAGGAGCUGUUGCUGGCUCAUUUCAGCUGAUGGGGAGAUUUCCAGAGGGAACUUUGGCAAGCUUUUUCACGCACUCCCACCUUUGUGGCUGUCAGCCAGCGUGACUGAGUAUGCAGAAACUUGUCAUGAAUCAACACUGCAUCUUGUGUCUUAUAGAGCUGGGGCUGUACCAGAAUGUCGUGAUUCCAGCCAGGUGGUGGGGCGGGCCUGUAAUCCCAGCAUUUGGGAGGCUGAGGCAGGAGGAUCACUGUGUAUUUGAGACCAGCCUGGGCUACAUGGUGAGUUCAAGGCCUGAACUACAGAGCAAGCCUCAAUCUCAAAACCCCAAAAACCAAAAUUAGGGAAUCUGUUGAUUCUUUGCAGAUGGGUUAACUAAACCAAAGCCAAGAUGGUGGUCUCUGCUACCCAGUAAACUCCAGGUCAAGCUUCAUUUAAAAGGUCACUGAUAGUGAACACAGUUGGGCUUAAAAGUCACAGGAAAGGGGAAAACAGUGCUUAGCCAAAACACCUGUUUGGUUUUGAUGAUCUGGAAAUUACAAAUAAAAAUAGUAUUUGUACUGAA